AUGCCUGCAACAAAACGCUCAAGACCGCCAGCGAGGGCAUCUUCAGCAGCAAGCAAAAGAAGUUCAUCUCGCUCCGCCUCUCAAGCAGCAAAGCCGCAAGAUGCCUCGCCCUCAAGCAGCGAUUCUGACUUUGAGGCCCACGUUGAAGAUGAAGUUGACAUGGAAGAAAACCCAGCUGGCAACAACGCAAAAAGACGAAAAGUAGCAGCUCCUGCAUCACGUUCAGUCAAAUUUGACGCUGCUCUCAGCAAGAGACUCUUUGCACAGGAGGCCAGAGAAGCGGCAAAGGAAGAGACGUGCUUCCCGCCUUUACGCCGGCAUUCCGUCUUAUACCACAGGCCCCUUCUCUUGGAUGAACAAGUUGGAUCUCAAGGCCGCAAGGCUUUGCUCUCGUGGUUUGACUCAGUCAGCCAAUCGCGGUCUAUGCCAUGGCGGAAAGCCUGGGUUGACGCAAAGACGAUGUCCGACCCAGCAGAGCUUCGAAAGACGCUCGAGAAGCGCGCAUACGAGGUAUGGAUCAGCGAAAUCAUGCUGCAGCAGACUCGGGUGGCCGUCGUGAUUGACUACUGGAGCCGCUGGAUGGACAAGUGGCCAACGAUCCACGACCUGGCAGCGGCAAAGUCAGAAGACGUGCUUGCUGCGUGGAGCGGACUCGGAUACUACAGCCGUGCGACGAGAAUCCACGAAGCAGCGAAGCUGGCAGUUGGCGACGCAGAGAUGAAGGGCCUGUUGCCAUCUUCGGCAAAGGAGCUCGAGGCAAAGAUGCCUGGCGUUGGACGAUAUACCGCCGGUGCCAUUUCAUGCAUCGUUUUCGGCCGCGCAGAGCCAAUGGUCGACGGCAACGUGCUGCGAGUACUGAGCCGGCAGCUGGGGAUACACGGCAACAUCAAGACGGGCAAGGCUGUCAUCGACUCCAUUUGGGCCGCGGCAGAUGCCAUUGUCAAAGCCACGGCCGAGCAGGACAGCGACGACGGCAAGAUAAGCUCAGAGCCCAACGAUAGACCGGGACGAUGGGGUCAGGCGCUGAUGGAGCUGGGCAGUACAGUCUGCACGCCAAACCCGAACUGCUCUCAGUGUCCCAUCACAUCGACAUGUCGCGUUUACAAGGAAGGCGAGCUCAAAGCCAACAAGUCAAAGGAAAAGUCUCCGAGCAUCGUCGACAUUGAAGACUUGUGCAUCUUAUGUGAAGACUUUGACGAAGCCGACGGCGACAGCGACCAAGACUCGACCCAGGAUAAGAAAGGCAGCAACGCAAAGAAGACGGAAGCAAAGAAAAGCAAGCAGCCCACGCUGGCAGCAUUUGCGUUUACCAGGAAAACUGUUGGCAACUCAUCAUCUCCUUCGCCCUCUCCGUCGACAACAGUCUCGGCCACUUCCAAGGCAACAAUGGACACAAUCACCAACUACGCUCGCAGAUUCCCCGUCAAAGCCAUCAAAAAGGCCGCCCGCGAAGAAGAAACACUCGUGUGCGCCAUCCGCCGAAGUGACGGCCACUAUCUCAUCCACCGCCGACCUCUCAAGGGUCUACUCGCGGGGCUCUGGGAGUUCCCCAGCAAAUUGCUCGAGCCGUCGACAAAGUCGGAUAAAAAGAAGCGCGAGCGGCUGGCGCUUGAGUACGUGUCAGACUUGCUGAAUGGCGGCAAGGGCCGUGGAAAGACAAAGAUAUCGUGCCAGGGCGAGUUGGGGAAUGUGCCGUGGCUUUUCUCGCACAUUAAGCUGACGAUGCAUGUGUACUUGUUUGAGGUGGAAGAUGAUGCCGCGGUGGUAGAGGAUGAGGACCAGCCGAGACGGUGGGUGGCUGGAGGUGAUGUUGAUGAUGAGAAUAUGGGGACGGGGAUGAAGAAGUGUUGGGAGAUGGUGAAGGGGGCAGUGGAAGAGUUGUGA